UCCAAGAUCCAGGCCCUGUCCUAUCCGAUCCUAAUUUAGCUUAAAUACAGAAAACUUGGACAAACAAAACGACUGCAAAGAACAGAUACGUUAAGAUAACCUUGAUCGUUACUUUUUUUUUUCUGUGAACACACUGGCACGCAUUUUUUUUUAAAAAAGAAACUCUGAUGCCCUUGGUUGGCAUUGAGCGAAGGAAAUUGCACCUUAUUUUAAGUAUCAGGAGCUGAAAAUAAGGAGUGGGGAACAAAAUGUUUUUCUUGGUUUUGAAAGUCAUAAGGUAAGGAUGAGGUCUGGUUUGCGGGCCAAAUAACGAGAGGGGAACAUUCUGAGCACGACGCCUAUUUUGAGGUUGGUUGAUUCUGUGUUGUGUUGUGUUUGUGUGGUAGGUAUACGUCCCAGAUGACGCCAAUGCUACCCCAGGAAGAGCAAUUAACAAGCAGGCCUUCGAAGGCCUAAUAACGGGAGUGCUCAGGAUCCUGACUGCAGUGUUUGGCUCUCUGAUGUCCAACCUACUGAACACUAAUAGCCAAAUUUGUGCGCCAAAAUUGAUUCAAGAUCUGAAAAACAAGACCUCCCAAGCUGAGAUUUUUAACAACAGGAUACAAGACCUCAUCAGGUAAUUGUUCAGUCCGGCCGCCAUCCCACCGUGCUGCAGAAGCUGUGCCAGUUGCCUUUCCAGUAUUUCAGCGACCCUCGGCUGAUCAAAAUCCUCUUCCCGACACUAAUUGCCGCCUGUUACAAUAACCCACAAAACAAGAUUAUUCUGGAGCAAGAAAUGAGUUCUGUGUUGCUGGCCACUUUCAUUCAGGAUUUUGCACCAGGCUUGGGCCAAACAGACAACCAGCUUUCUCAACAAAGGGAAACAUUCUUCGCUUCUCAAGAUUAUUUGGAGCUGUCAAACAGGUUCCCUCAGCAGUCCUGGGAAGACGCCCGGCAGUUUUUCUUGAAGAAAGAGAAAAAAGGAUAAUUUAUUGAAUUGUUUCGUUUCGUUUCGUUUUGGUUUUUGCCAAGACGGUUUUUGGAGUUUGUUUGUUCGUUGUUGUUUUUCUUCCCCUUGUUGAGCAAUGUUGGUUGUCUUGAAGACGACGUGUUAAAGAUUCUUCUACCUUGGCAACGCAUAUAUUGUAGAUAAAUAUACAUAGAGAGAGGUGUAUAUAUAUAUAUAUAUAUAUUUUUUAAAAAAGUAUAAUUUGCACUACUUCGGUUGGAAGACUUAUGUACAUAUGUUGAAAUCCUGUUUCGUGGUUUUGGAAAACAAAAGAUUUGUUUUUU